GCUUCGUACGUCUUCUUUAUCUUUAAUGUUUUCUACUAAAGGGCAUUUUAGUUUCAGAGUUUGGUUUCUUUGCAAAUUUUGUAAGGCUCGACAUUUAGAUUUUUUUUUUUCUCGUUUUCUUCCUAAGCUCCGGUCCUCUGCGCAGCUCCAAUGUCUAAAACAAGCGCACCAGAGUUCCUUUGACAGAACGUGUUGAUGACGCCUUCAUCUACAACAACAACAACAGAACUCAGCUGCUGUGAAGCUAACUAGCCGGCCUAGUUAUUCUGAAUUUUUUUUUAAAUAUUUUAGUUUUCGUAUUUUUUUUUUAUUGGUGUCUUAAUAGUUACUUACUCAUUCGGGUAUGAAGUUAAUGCUAUAAAAUCUCGACUUUAGUUUUUUAUUUGUUUUGAAUUUGAAAGUCUUUGUCUGCUAGCAUGUUAGCUUUAAAACCGAGUAUAACUCGGAGCCUCUCCUCUUCCAGCUGAAGGGCAGAAAUAUUUAUGGCAAAGCCAGAACACAGGACCUUCUGGUGGAGAUUCUGACCUCCACCAGUAAACACAAGCCUUUAAUCAUCCGUCGAAGAUGUCGCCACAGAAGAAACUCCUCGUCCCAGUGAGCAGCAGGCGGAAAGCCAUGGACGACUUCUUCCCCUUUAACUCGCUGCCGGUGGAGUGCCAGCUGCACGUCUUGUCCUUCCUGAACGAGGUGGACAAAUGCAGCUGCGCGCUGGUUUGCCUGAGCUGGAGUUGCCUGGUCCGGUCGUGGAAACUGUGGCGGGUUGCAGACUACUCUCGGCGCGGCGCCUUCCAUCUGGGCCAGGAGGGGCUGCUUGUUUCCAACCGGGAGUUUGAGCGAUGGAAGGCCUGGGUCCACCACUACACCCACCAUCUGAUCUCCCGGCGGGCCAGCCUGCUCACGCUAAAAGCCAGCUUCGACCUGGGAGACCGCUGCAACAAGUGGAGCGAACUGCUGAGGCACCUGCUGGAUAACGUCCACUGCAGAGACCUCAGCCAUCUGUACCUCAACUGGACCUUUACCCUCUUUGAGCCACUGGACCUAAGGGUGCACUCCAGCUCCAGUUCACACCAGGACAGCAUAACCAAGAUGGACCAGGUGACCAGCUUUCAGGAGCUGCUCGGCAAACUCACCCACAGCUGCCCGCGAAUCUCCAAGAUGCGUUUACAUUUCGACUGGUCGGAUCUGUCUGUGUCCCUGCUCACCCGGUUCCAGCAGCUACGGACCCUCGAGCUCAAGUACUUCUGGGUCUUCAAACUGGUGACCCCCUCCACGCUCCAGACGCUUACCAAAUCCCUGCCCAACCUAAAGUCGUUGACUUUGCACAUCCUGGUGCCGCUGAGGAACCUGGGGAUCUCAUACUCGUUGGAGUCCGAGUCUCUGGAGUUCCUGGACGUCUCGCCCAGCCGCGGUUUGGUCUUCUCCUGCCUGAAGCUGCCGGCCCUGAGAGAACUCCGAGCUAAGAAGAUAGUGCGAGGUAUCACGCUGGAUCGUAGGACAAGGCUCCGGAUCCAGAGCAGGUGGCCUUGUCUGUACCAUGUCCUCCAGCAGGGGACGCCAAAGCUUCAGGCCCUGAACAACGAGAGGCUCCUUCCUACGUGGAGGGAGACGAGCUACGGGGAGCUGACCGCCAUCCUGGAACAGUCCUGCUACUGUGUGCAGCAUCUAGACAGCUGGCUGUGGUAGUCAGCUGACUGAAGAUCCGUCUGUGUAUUGUAAAUUCCAGCCAAAGUAAAACUCUGCCUUUACUCCCCACAUUGUUGCUCUUAUUCCAACAAACCGAUUCUGCCACAGGACACAGAAGUCGUUCGUUGCUGCAGAUGAAAAAUAGGAUGUGACCGCAGGAUCCUCCCAGAUCCUAAACUGGAAUCUGCUCUUUGUGUAAAAAAAAACACGCAGGAUUGAGGCAAUGAUGCUCAGCGAGUUUGUAAUCAUUUGUUCGAUAAUCUGCAAAAGGCAACGGUGCUUCUUCCUGAUCGGGCUCUGCCGCUGCACUGGCUUGGAAACGAGCAGAGCCACAAGUACGUGGAUCAGGACUGAAUGAAGAAUAAUGUCGCCAUUAUUUAGCUGGAAACUUUUUAAAACCUGUUGUUGUCAAGGAAAAGAACAGUGAAGAAUAAAGGCAAAAUAUUUUCAGGAUUUUUUUUUUUUUCAUCCAAGAUUAAACUUUGUGCAUUAAUGCAUGAAGUUUGAAUUCAGCUGAAUAUUUAUGAAAAUAUGGUAAAGAUGAUAAUCAUCAGUAAUAAUAUGAUUGUCUUAGUUAUUUAGGUUGUAAUCUCCACUGCUGUGAUGGUGUUUCCGUAGGAUUACAGUCAGAAAUUAAGGGGGAAAAUAUCUAAAUUUUAUAAUAAAUGUUAUUUUAACAUUUUUUUUUGCAGUCAAAAAAGUUUCAGUCCCAAUUUUUAACUCCUAAGGAAGCUUAAAAACAGAAAAUGGAGCAUGGACCUUUUUUGUUUCCAAACUUUUGUUUUAUUCCGUUAAUACUAAAAAAACAACUGUUUUUAAAUUAUCUGUGAUUUUUAUACGUAUCUAUAUUUAGAUGGCAUCCUUUGUAACUGAACUGGUCUUAAAUAUCCUUGCUUCAUUCGCAUUCUUUUAUAUUCCACUGUAGAAACACAAACCACCUUGAAAACUAUAUAAAAAUACAAUACAAUAAUACAAGCAUAAAGUUCCGUAAACAUAAUAUAAUCCUGUGCUCUUUUUCGCAGUAUCAUAGCACACAAAGCUUAACUUUAUAUAUACUAACGUUACUGUGUUUGCUAGUAAAAACCAGUUGCAGAAUGUUUCUGUUUGGCUUAUUUUACUUGCAGUCCUGCUUCAGGAGCACUGUUAUGUGUUUUAAGCUAAUUAUUUAAACUCGACAAACCCAUAAACCUUCUAGGAAACAUGUUACAAACAUUUGACGUACCUGAACAUAGGAUAGUUGUCAAAAAAAGUAAAUGUUUAGACAAGUAGAAAACAGCAACUAGCCUGCUACUGGGUUGCCAUGGCAAUAUGAAACAAACGGCAGGUGAGCGGCCGUUUCAUCCUGCACCGCUAUGUUAAUUUUGAUUAUUUUUAAUUUGCAGAGAAGGUCCUAAUAGAUUCACUACUUUGAACUAAGAAAGGCUGCUGAGCUGUUCAUUUGGCCUCUAGGUUCUUCAAGAUCAGGUUUAGAUUCCCCCCAAAAUGUCCACUUUUAACGUUUAAAUUUCUACAAUAAAAUAAAAUAAAGAAAAUUUACCACAAAUUGUGCUUCAUCAAAUUGUAUUUAGUGUGGUCUUAUCCAGUGUUGACAUUUUUAGAACAGAACUCAUCCCAGUUAGGAUAACGUAAUAUUUCAGGAAGAAAAGCAGAUGAAUUUAAAUAUUAAAAAAGGUUGUUUUUUUUUGUUGUUGUUUUUUUUUUAUUAAAAACUUAAGUUUUGCUACUUUUUCUUCCAAAAAACAAAAUACUUAUCUAACAAUUCUCCAAAAUAUUUUGCCUUUCUUCUGCCAGUUUCUCCAGACUAAGCCAUCUAAACGUUGAAACAUGACAUGUCCUGUGCUAUAAAAUUCAUGUUUGAUUGGUUAAAUGAAAUACGGUUAUAUUUGUCUUCAGAGACGUGAUGGAGAAGCAUUAGAGAAGUUUGCACGAAAAAAGAUGAGGUGAAAGUUAAAUAUGCAGUAAAUAUUUAGGACUGAAAAUUGCUGUAAGAUGCGUUGAAAUGAGCUUUUUAACUAAAGCCUCAGAGCAGCUUCAGUCUGAAAAUGAGCUGAAACCUGUUUGUGUGUUUUUGCUCCCUGACUCUGCUGCUGAAUACUUUAAACUUUUUGCUGUUAAGCUGGUGUAAUUCCAAUCACAGCCGGCCAGGAAUGCAAAAUGAGACUUAAUUCCAGUGCUGGACCACAUUGUUCAAAAAUUGCUGGUGCUCCUUUACAGUUUGUUUUGUUUGUGCCGUUCCUCCUCCAGCAAAGGGAGCCAGCAGCGUUUUUAAAGUAUUUGUUUUGAUGGUGUUUGAGUGGAGAACUCCCGCAGCUCUUGAUUUUGCAGACAUUUUGCACAUUUCUGUUGUCUUCUUGGAAAGUUUCAUUCAGGAAGAGGGCGACGCGUCACAUUCCAGCUUUUCGAGACUCUUUGCAGAGAAAUCCGAUCGGUUUGAGCCGCAGUUUUACCCCCGGUCAGCAGAUGUCCCCAUUUUCAAAGACUUGGUCGUGAAGAUUUCUGUGUGUACUGCUGCGUUGUGUAACACAGUGGGCUUUUGGGUAUUUAAUGUGUGUGAGAGCAGCUUUACGUUUUUCAUUUUUGCUCUGUUGUGGUCAGGUUUCUUUCCCAGUUAAGCACACCACUGUCACUUCAAAUUUGCAGAAUGAUAUGACUGACGAGCCUUUUUCCAUUUCCGAGAAUUCAUUUGUCCUUCACAUGAGCAGGAGGCGCUGACAUUUGCACAGAUGCUGUAAAAUCUGGUCCACUUGUUUUUAAGAAUAAAAAGACUGGCCUUUCA